AUGCAGCUUCCAGGCACCCCGCCAACCAACCCUAUCGUCUUUCACUACCGAGAGAACAACCAGAGCUUGAUCUUUACCACGACAGUAUCUCGCCAUGACACCCAGGCAAGCCUAUACCAGCACACACGGGAUAAUGAUACAGCUAAGGACGCUUCCACUGUUGCCGCAGCCUCCAAAGCUCUGAAAUAUGUCAGCACUGUGGUCACGUGGGACAUGGUUCGUGAGGCAACAGCAUCUGAUGGAACAUUUCUUGACCUCAUGCAUCACUUGAAGACAGGAUUACCAGACGAUGUCAGGGAGAUGUCUGCAACAUUGCGGCCUUAUCAUCGCUAUGCAGCUAGCCUGUGUGUUGUGGAUGGUGUAGUACUCUUGGGCCAUCGAAUUGUCAUCCCACCCAUUAUUCGAAAGCCGAUCCUCUAUGCACUCCAAGCAGCCCACCAAGAUGUCAGUGCAAUGCGUGCGCGGGCCAUGGACUCCGUGUAUUGGCCUGAUUUCACUGUUGACAUUUCCAGAGUGAGGGACCAGUGUGCACACUGUCAUCAGAUGGCCAAAUCCAACCAAAUGCAGCCCCCAUCUGACAUCACGCCUCCAGACUACCCCUUCCAGAUGAUCUGUAGUGGCUAUUUUACCUUCAACGGCAAAGACUAUGUUGUCAGGUAUUCAAACUGGCCUAUGGUACCUAGGUCAGAAUCUGGUGCAGAGGACCUAGUUAAACGACUACGUGAGACAUUUGUGACAUUUGGCAUCCUGGAAGAGUUAACUUCAGAUGGAGGCCCCCAAUUCAUAGCGGGGAAGACUCAGGAGUUCUUGAAGACCUGGGGGAUUAAGCACAGAAUUUCGUCCGUUGCUAACCCACAAGCCAAUUGCAGGGCUUAA